UGGUUAGACAGAACCACGAGAACGACUGCCGCGUCAGUCUGCGCUGAGUCCUCGUUGUGGGAGUUACGCUCUCUUGGUGCGUCACCAGGGCAGCUGUUAGGGCCCCGUUGUCACGCAUAGAGAAGCAGCAAAAACCGGCCACCGAGGUAUCAGAGACUCAGUGUGUUAAAUUAGUGCGCGUGCAAGAAGUUUUCAAAUCUUUCGGCAUUCAACAAGAUCCCGAUUAACAACGUAAAUUAAUUCAGCUAUGUCUCUGGAGGAAUCACGGAGAUCACAACGUCCGUACCGCUACGGCAUGGUCCUGUUAUGCGUUGGAGCUCUCAUCAACUGGUUGGGUUUAGCGGAGAAUUAUGUUGAACCGGUUCGUUACGUCGGUGUCGCAUGCAUAGUCGCCGGGGCUCUCCUCAUUUGCGCCGCAAUGUGCUGCUGGCUGCACGCGCCGCCAACUAGGACGAGCACGCAUACGCACCACACGAAUCAUCCGAUCACGGCACAGAUCGAUGACCCGAUCCACGUGAUUUCCAUCGAGGAACCGCCUGGCGUGUCGAGACAGAAGCCGCCGGAUUACGAAGCGGUGACGGAUGCGCCGCCGAGCUACGACGACGCUAUCAAGCUAAAUCCUAGUCAAUUAAUUAGGUUGAGCAAUGGUAGUACGCCGCCGUUAUCCUCAGGACAAGUUAUCCCGACAACCAUCAGUAUCGUCUCUCCAACGCUAACACCGCCGCCGCCAUACGCGAGGUGAGAUUAUAGUGCUGAAAAUAGAGACCAAUGAAUACGCAGUUCUGCGACGUGGAUUGGAGGAUCGACGUACACAGUUGUCAAUUGCGAAGAGCGAUCACGUCUGCGGACUGCGAAUAAUACGACCGUACGACAAUUCCGUUGUUUGCCCUCGUCGUUACGAGAUACGACGUGAACGUAUACGUAUAUUGCUGUGCAAGAUGUUGGAAAGAGAAAGCAUUCAAAGACCGCUCGACAUUUCCGCAAGAUUAAGAAUCGAAAGAGGAUCUCUUCGCGACGCUUUAGAUAUCGACUGCUUAGAUUUAUUAUUUGUUAGACACUGCGAACUGUUGACUUGGUUUAACGUUUAAAACGAUUAACUCUUCCUUUGUAACUAUGUUACUGUAAUAACAUGCCUGCUAUGAUUCAGAAAAAAAAAUCGUUAAGUUUCAUCGCGAUUACUCUCAUAUCACGCGAUUCCGAACCUCGAUUUUUCAUCUGUUGCAUGGAUCUCUCGUUGAAUCGCGCGCAUCUGAGAAAAUACGCAAAGGUGAUACGUAACGACAUACCGACACUCAAUGCACAAUUGCAAACAAGCGGGUCUGUACAUAUCAUAUCUUUUUUUAAAUUUUCAAUGUAAUCCGAUCGUCUCAACGAGAAUCCAUCUGCGAUGAAUUAUGUCAUAGCGACCGCAAUUUCUAUCAACUGCGCUAUGGCUCGGCCGUUCCGUAACCGCGAGAAUGAAGUAACGACUUUUGACAGAUGUUUCGUUCAGCUCGCGGUCGACUGUUCAUUUAAUUUAACGGUUCGAGUCACGCCUGAUUGAUGCCGAUCUGCAGAAGCGGUGGUCUCUUAAAGUUAACUGACGGAGCAAACGCGUGUUUUCUAAUAAAAUAUGCAUUUUUAAGUCAUCAUCUCAUUACGAUCGCGCGUCGUUUGGGAAGUGACGUGAAAAAAAUUGAAGGGAUCACGCUAAAAUAUGUAAAUCGCAUCGAUUUAUCCCCGUAUAAUAAUAUUUAAAUUCGUCGUGUUCCAAUAUUUGACCCACGUCACUUUCGAAAUGAGCAGCUCAACUAUUCAUUAUUUUAGGUCCACGUGACUUUUUAUAUGCGAUGAGAAAUGCUCGCGAUAGAUUUUCUCACUCCGGAACAUUGUCGGGAACGCGUUCGAAGAGAAGAUCGCGUCCCACGAUGAUCCGGAGUGAAAUCACAGUAAUAGAGCAUUUAGCGCGUUGCGCGAGUUCAGCUGCGCAUAAUUUACUGAAGAAUGAUCUUCUGCCAUAUCAUUUCAGUGUCUGUCUCUUUAAAUACGCACACGCGCGCACAGCACACUCAUGCGAAAGCCAUUCGCACGUCCAUUUUAUUGUGAUAUAUACUUGUUAUACAUGUGUACAACGUGUAGAUAUUACGGAGCAACACUGUCGAAUGCAUUGGCGAUGCUUGUAAAAUAAGACUUUUUUAUAUCGAAAGUGCAAAUACAAAAUACGAGAUUUUUCUAAGCAA